AUGAGCAGUGUAAAAGGCACAUUGUUGAAAGACAUAGUACUUAAUUUUUAUAAGGGGAAUCUUAACUUUAUCCUGAAGUUGGAAGAUCUUGAGAUAAUGGACUGGGACUUCCAGGAUAGCUUUUUAGCUGCAACUUUUAAUAGUAAACUAAUAAAACAAUACCCAGUUAGCUGUCAAUACUCAAAAUUAUUCCUUAAAAAGUUGAUAGAACACCUUGAACCAGAACAUGAAGUCCACGAUGAUAUUUAUGCACAUCUGUGUACUGUUAUGAAUGAUUCGAAAAACGAUGGUUUUUGUUACAGACAUUAUGUUAUUGGAAAAAGUUUAGACAAUGUAGUAACAGUGAAGGAAACACGCAAUAUGGUGGUUAAUGGAACAACAGGGUUGAAGACUUGGGAGGCUGCACUCAUGUUGUCUGAUUGGGCUUUAUGUAAUAAGGAUGUGUUUUCAAAUAAAUAUGUUCUAGAAUUGGGCUCAGGAGUAGGUUUUGCUGGUAUAACUAUUGGAAAGAUGUGCCCUGUAAAGUCUUUGAUGCUCAGCGAUUGUCAUGAAGAAGUGUUGACAACUAUAAAAGAAAAUAUUGUAAUUAAUUUUGCAAAUUUUUCAAGACAACAGAGUUAUAAUGUUUCUAUGUACAGUGAUCAAACUAAGUCCAUAGGUGCCAUGAGGUUAGACUGGAAUGAUAUUGAGAAUCUGAGAAUUAACAUAACACCGGACAUAAUCAUUGGAGCAGAUAUAGUAUAUGAUCCUAUGAUAUUAGAACCCCUGUGCAAUGUUUUCGAUAAAUUUUGCAAUAUCAAUAGUGAUACAGAGAUUUAUAUUGCUAGUGUUAUAAGAAAUGAAGAAACCUUCAAAGGAUUUUUAAAAAUGCUCGAUACAAUGAACUAUAAGUGGGAUAAAAUAGCUUUAAAAAAAAGUAUUUUUGUAGACUGGAAUGAAAACAUACAGAAGUGUUUAUUGAAAAUUAAAUUAAGAUCCUAA